UUUGUCACUAUGUUGACGGUCCCUAACUGCUGUUGGUGAACGUAAAGAAGACUACAGGCGAAUAUCCAACCUGAAUCUGUAUUUUCCCGGUCAGAGAUUAGGUUUUGAGAAAGAGCUUGAUAUCUGUAAAUCAUCAUCCUCCUGGGGUGGUGACCAGAAAAGCACAGAACAUGCAAUGUAGCUCAGCCUGACUUGGAAGCAUGGGGAUGAGGCUUGUUGAAAAGCAAGGGCCUCAGAGCCAGAAGAUGGUGAUCUUCGGAGCCAUCUUCCUCCUGAUGACCCUCCUCAUCCUCUUUAGCUCCAACAGCGGCAACGACAUCAGUCCCUUCUACAGUCCCUUCCGGGCGUCCUCGCCUCAUCACCCCAUCAAGGUCACUGACCUCAAGAAAUGGGCAGGGAAGGAGGGCUAUUUGGCUGUCUAUGGAAACAAGAGUCUGACCCUGCACUGCCACCACUGUGCCCUGGUGACCAGCUCCAGCCACGUGCUGGGCAGCGGGGCCGGACCGGACAUCGACCGCGCCCAGUGUGUGAUCCGCAUGAAUGACGCCCCCCUGUCGGGGUUCGAACGUGACGUGGGGAGCCGGACCACCCUCAGGGUGGUGGCUCACUCGAGUGUGUUCAGGGUGGUUCGACGGCCAGCUGAGUUUCUCAACCUCACGGACCACCAGGCAAAUUCUGCAGUAAUAUUCUGGGGACCACCCACCAAGAUUGGUAGAGAGGCUAAAGGAACACUGUACCGUCUGAUCCAGAGAGUCAGCAUGACCUACAGUAACCUGUCCAGCUUUACCAUCACGCCUAGCAAGAUGCACAAGUUUGAUACACUGUUUCAGAAGGAGACAGGGCGAGACAGAGCAAAGUCUCAGUCCUGGUUGAGCACCGGCUGGUUCACAAUGGUGAUUGCGAUAGAGAAGUGUGACAAUAUUAAAGUGUACGGGAUGGUUCCGCCCAGUCACUGUGGAAAAAAGCCCCAGCCCAAGAAGAUGCCUUACCACUACUAUAAACCCAGAGGCACAGAUGAGUGUGUGACCUACCUGCAAAAUGAGAGGGGUCGGAAGGGCCCCCACCAUCGCUUCAUCACAGAGAAACAGGUGUUUGCACGCUGGGCCAAGCAGUAUAACAUCACCUUCACUCACCCAACAUGGUGAGAUGACUAGUUCCUUCAACAAAGUUAGCCCAAGGUAUGAGAGAGGUGACACACACAUCUGGACCAGGGUCCUGUACAGUGCACGAAUACCCUUUUUACACUACUGGACCAACCUGAGCCUAGCUGUAUUGGCCUGGUUGGGCAUCUACCAUACAGUAGUUGCUGGAACUGUGAUGUAAAGGACAACGUGAAAAGAAAAUAUCAGAGCCAGCACGUGUAUGGUAGAGGUCGGCCCUAUUAUGUCAAUCGGGCAAUAAGUUGAAUAUACUUUAUUAUUCUUAUAGAACUACACAUUUCUGUGUCCCCUUCUCCGAAUGGCAGCCAUUUCUGUAGCUCUGUGAUGAACCUGAGCUUAGUUUGUAAACAUUAAUAUACAUUCUGAAUGGGCUUUUUUUUUUUUUACAGUACAAAAUCAAAAAAAAAGGGAUUUUGUAAAUACGGUAUUUCCUGUGUUUGGCAAGGAAGUUUGAAGAGGGCAACUGCAAAAAUAUUUAUUGUAAAUAAACAAAUUAAUUGAUAUUUAAAUAUGUAUUUUUACAUGUUUAUAAUGCUUUUGUUAAAUGUCCUCAAAAGCCCUCACAUAACAAGAUAAUGUCAACUUUACAAAUUGAGGGAAGAUUGUAUUAUUCAAGAAGUUUUAAAGGGGAAAUCUGCAGUAGCUACAUCAAUUUUUUGAACUUGAGGAAUAUAACUUGAGCUUUGUUCAACUUUCUUACCCCAUCAGAACUGAAAAUAUAAACUUGUUUUACUCCAAUGUUUGUAAACAAAUACUGUAUAACCUCAAAGCAAAAACUCAUUUUUAUAUCGUGUUCAGUCCUUGCAUCCAUAGCUCUAUGAAUGAGUGGUUACAUUUCUCCAUCCCUUAGUGAAACAGUGGGAGUACACUUGUUUCAACGCUUUAAAGGAAUUCAUUUGAGACCUUUAUAUGCUUACAGACAGUAUGGCUAAAGUUAUCAGUGACAUGUUGUUUGUAGCAUUACCGUAUCCAAUCUAACCUUUAAUGGCUCAGUGUUAAUAUACCAACAUCAGAACACAAGCUUACAUUUAUAGCGCUGUAGGUUGGCUCGUGCCAAGCCAAUGGAUUCACACCAUGCCUGUUGAAUGUAGGGGUGUGAGCUUCUGUAAGGCAUUCACACAAAUGUGCUAUAUUAGAUACCAAGUAGUUUUAUCCUGUCUAACCACGACAUGGACGAACGUUGCCUCGUCAUCAUGCUUGACCCCAAGCAUUGUGUUCAGCAACUUAUUCUUCACGUAUGUUCUGUAAUGCGUCUUGAGAACAAAUUACAAACUGAUGCAUAUAAAUGACUUAAUUCACCUGGAAUCCUAUACAGAGGGGAUAGUAGAAACAGAGCAAAGCUAGCAUUAGCUUUAACUAGCAAAAUGCUACCAAAGAGAGAGGAUGUAAAUAAGGAAACACCAAGAAUGAGGUCUCAUGGCCAAGACACUAGGUUCUUCUUCACUUGUGCUGUGAUCUCUUACCCUUGAAUAAAUAAAAAAAACAGCACAGAAUAAUAAUAAUUAUUAAUCCCAGCAAUGUCCAUUCAUUCGAACCCAGAAGUAUUUAAAUAUUAAAUUGACUCCUGGGUCAGUUAGCUUCACCCAGUUCCCCAAAAAAAGUGAAUUAUUUUUAGAUCCUUUAGUCUUCCUCUUUGUGAUGGUUUGUCAGUAGCCACUUCCUGUUAUGAACCGUUCGACUUGUCUGGAAAUGCGGCUGUGAUUUUCUGCCUCAGGCUGGACAUGGAGAUCAGGAUGGCCUCCUGUGGAAGACAUGAUCAGAGCAACAGAAUAUAGACUGGUCAGAUUGAACUCCCAGCCAAUAUGACAGAUUAAGGGCCCCGAGAUUUUCCUUCACCAAGUAGGGCACCUGUCAAACUCAUUAAACGGAGGGUUGAGUGUCUGGGGGUUUCGCUGCACCCUUGUACUUGAUUGAUGAAUUAAGGAACUUGGCUCACCUGAUUGUCUAAGGCUUAAUUUAAACAAAAAAACUAAAACCCGCAGACACUCAGGCCUCCGUGGAAUGGGUUUGAGAUCCCUGAUGUAGGGAAACCAUGUUCCAUUGUCAGAGUCUUUCCUGGUCAGGGAAUAACUCUGACCUACAGCAGACAUGUGAACGACAGUUCGCUAUACUCUGUCUUCCCCUGCUACACACUCACCUCUGUGCGGAUGGUUCUGCUGCCCUGGUUGGGGCAGGUGUUGAGGUACAGGUCAAAUAGGACACCGGGGUCCGUCACCUCCAGGUUCUGAUCAGCGUCCACACUGGCCUCCAAGCCCUGCAGACCACCAAACACAACCAACAUGUGCCUGGAGAGUGAAAACAGAAUAAAGUUUCAGGCCAUAUAUAAUCUCAGCUAACCCAGAAUUAAAGUCUUGCAUUAUUGGUCAGCUGCUCGAUUAAAUUCUGGGUCCUUACAUGUUAAGGGAUUAAGAGAUGCUAGAACAAGGAACUCCACCCUCUAUCUUUGCUAGUUACGUACAAGUCUAUGUUCCCUACUCUUCUGAAAUUCUAAAGAUGCUAACGCCUGCGACAUUGUGAUAUGUCAAAAUAACCAGUGACGAAAAACCCCAAAACCAGAACUACUGCUGCUCAUUAUCCCACGCAUUCCCCACAGACUCUACGGUACCAGUUGUUGACGUAGAUCUGUCCACGAGAGAUUCAGUCAUAUACAACAAUGUUAUGUAACACAUGUAAACAGGUCUUCCACCAGACCUUCUUGACCUCAUACUCUGAACUUACUUGAAUGGAGAAAGAGAAGUUUUGUCAACAUCACUGCCUUUCUCAGAUGUUCCAAUGGUCAGAUCAUAGCCCUCUUUAUGUGGACACUCGGUGAACACAUUACCUGCAAUCCAAAUCAACACUUGGUAAGGUGAGAUUAGUAAAUUGAAUGAAACUCUCAACCUCACGAAAUUGAAAAGAAUGGCUCCAGAUGUGGAAGAUAUGUAAAUAAUACACCUACUUAGACUUGAGGCCAGGCGAACACUGUAGCCCCAGUACAGACCACCCUCUGUUCGCGGCUUGUGAGGCGCCACCACCACCCCUUUGUGUAGUCUACCAUCUGUGUAAACACACACACACACAAAAUACUGAGCAACUAUGAGUGAAGCAUCAUAUUUGCAUGUGAAUAGCUGAAACGUACUUCUCAGAAGCGCCUAUUCAUGGAAUCAAAGAUAAGCUGAGUUGGAUGGACAGAUGUGGACCUACCUUUAUUCUGGAUCUUGUUCAUGUGGACAGUGACUCUGAGACCAGACUGUAGCUGCUUAUCUAUCUGCACCUCCUAAAAGUAGCAGAAAAAUACAUCAGUCCUCUACUACAUCCUGCUGCUGUUGGGGUUCAAUAUCAGCACACAGCUUUCUCGGUCCGUUGACCUACGGUUCUUCUUAUGGCAUAUUACCAAACUUUAUCAUCAUAUCGAGACAUCUACUCACCUUCCACAUUCCACAGUUGACUAAGGAGCCUUUUCCUGGUUUGCUAGGCCGAUCGAGGACCACCCCCUCCCGGUACUCACACUCAUCAUCCUUCCUCAUGUGGUGAGGGCUGUCCAGAGGGUUGAGCAAGCCUUAAUGGGAAGGCACCAACACACGGUUAGGGCAACUAUGGCUGUACUAGAACAUUCAUUAUAAUGUUUACGCCAUGACAUAUGUUCAUAUAUGGUUGGGAAAACCAGGAAUGGAGGUGGAGUUUUCAGCUACUCACUCACCGGCAUACUGUAAAUCUUUAUGCAUUGGGAAGAAUGAUUUGCGCAGGUACCUUGGAAAAUAAUACAAAGGGAAGAGGAUUCAAACCAUAGUCAAAGACAGCAGCUGCGUUUGACUUAGUCUGUUAUAAGUCAAUGUAGUACUUACUGUGGGCAUUCCAAGAACUGGAGGAUUCUAGCCAGUUGAAUGCAGGCUUGACCCUUCUUGCCGACACCAUUGAAUUCUCCCGCAACAGUCCUGUGAAAUAAAACAUUGUGGAUCAGUAUAAUUAUACUGCCACUGUCAAGACCUAACAUUUAAAACAGCAUCAAUUUACUAAAGACAUGAGCCUAAAAUAAGAUGCACAGAAACAGAGGUCUUACUUGACAUCCUCAUCUUGUUCGUCAAAUAUGAUGAUCUCGUCGACACAGAACACGACGCAGGCUCUGGCUAUCUGUCCAGCCAGGUAUGUGCGGAGUUCUGUAGACUGGGCAUUGUCCAGGACAGAACCAGGCAAGGCCACGCUCACUGUGUACGACCGUCCUAUGGUUGCAGAUACGGGAGUCAAAAUCAUACAUUAUUUUAUUCUUAUGCAUUUUUAAAGAUAGAGGGAUCAUAGUGGAAUAACCAGUGGGGUGAAAACCUAAUCAAUAUUACCUGAUCGGUUUUCCCUCUGACUCUGCUGCAGUGCUGCCUCAGUCUUCUCCUCCUCCUCUUGCUUCUGCUUGUCAAGUUGAUGAAUAAGCUUGGAUUCUUUGAUUUGCUUCUUGAUCUCUUUUCCUAUUAUUCAAGAAAAAACAUGAGCUGGAUUCACAAAUCAACAAGUAGUAGGAAAGGAAGUCAAGGUGGUUACCUAGUCAGUUGCACAACUGAACACAUUCAACUGAAAUGUGUAUUCGGCAUUUAACCCAACCUCUGAAUCCGAGAGGUGCGGGAGCUGCCUUAAUCGACAUUCACGUCAUCGGCACCCCAACGGCAGAUUUUUCCACCUUGCCAGCUCGGGGAUUCGAACCAGCGACCUUUCGGUUACCGUUAGGCUAAGAUACUAAGCAGUGUACACUUAGCAUCUACAUAGGCACAUGGCAAUAAUUUCCAUUUCAUGUCUUGAGAGUCUGCUUAUAUUCACGGUUGUGAUUUCUGAUGUAGUACAAGACUGAACUCAAUCCCAACUGGGGUCAGAUAACACAUGUCUGUAAAAGUGCGCAUGCCCCGAUAAUCAACCAUCGCGAUUAGUUUGGCAAGUUUUUCACAAUAAUAAAGUUGGAUGAAGGAUGCUUACGUUCCGCUUUCCAUUUCUUCCAAUCUACUCUGUCCUCGCCCUGUAAAACAUGAACAUAUACACACCAUGUUAGUUAGCAUUAUGCUAGCUGGCGAACCGAUGUAAAAUUACAGUCGUUUAUCGUAAAAGAAUCCCUAAAAUCUCAAUAUGUGUCUGACACGAAUGGCCUCUUUUACACAUCAGAAGACAACGUAUGACGUCCAAGUUUAAAAUACCUGAGAAGAGGACAAUUUGGGCUUUUUCGAUGCAACGCUGUCCGUCAUCUUUCCCUGCAACCAACACGUGAAAACAGAAACGGACACUUCCGGUUCGCAUAAUACAUUUUCAAAAUAAAAGUAAUCUACCAGCCUUAAAUCAAACAUGAUUGCUCUAAACAUGUCAUUUACACAAACCUGGUAAAUGUAGAUGAUUUCAUAAAAAGCAGGACUCAUUCAAAUUUAGCCGCUUCAAAACUCUUUAUUUUUACAAGAUCAGCAUACAGUUUUAUGCAAAUAAGCACACUUUGGGACAAUUUCUGAGUAGACCAGUUGAUAAUACAAAAAGAAAAUUCACUAAAAGAUUUAAGGACAUUGUUGGGUUCUGAGAAUAUGAAAUCUACUUCAUGUUACUGAGAGAGGGUCUACACCAGAAGUGAAUGGUUAUAGGAGGAAGGUAUAUAAUGUGUGCAACUAAGCUUGAAAUGUGUUGAGUGCAGGGAAGCGAUUACAUGUGGCAGGCAUUGAUAAGGAGAGACUCAGAAUUAGAACCUUACAGCAUCAAAUACAGUGAUGUCUACCAAAGACAGCAAAUUCAAUGCACAUCUUUCCCUUGGUCUCAUUUUUAAAUGUGCAUUAAUGUCAUUCAGAGCAGUUAAACAAAAAUAUUCAAAUCAACAGUAAUGUGAUAAAAUUAUAGUGCACUCUAGAUGGUGAUCACAUCCAUGCAGGACGGAUGAUUACUCUAAGUGGUUGAUUACUACCGUAUCAGGACAGAUUUGAAAAAAAAAAAAAAAAAACUGCCAA